AUGUCUCAAAAUCAAAUAUAUACUCCAUUAACGCUACUAUCAGAUGAAUCAGGAGAUCUUGUACAAGGUGUUAUUUAUAUAUGGAAUUUUAUUAAUGAGUUUAAAAAAGAAAUUGAGAUAGAAGAUUCGUCAUUUAAAUCACUUGUAACAGCAUUAUAUUAUGAAGAUAUUUUAAAAGAAGAUUGGACAACAAUAAAGUUAUAUCAGUUUUUAAUUCCUAUAAUAUUUCAUUAUCAAGAAAUGUAUUGGUUUGAAAGAAUGGAUAUGCCAAUUAAUAAAGUUACUAUACCAGGAUUGUUAUGUAUUAUAUUAGAAAAAGAAGGAUCAACAUUUUCAUUAAAUGCAAUGGAAUAUAUUAAAUAUUCUUAUUUAUCUUAUAUGAUACAACCAAGAGUUAAAGUGUCAGUUAUUGUUAAAUUAAUUCAAAUAUUUUUAAAUACAAAUAUUGGUAAAGAAAUAGUUAAACAUAAAUGUCAAACAAAAAUUAUAGGAAUUGAUAGAAUGUGUAGAUAUUUUAUGUGUAUUAAUAAUUGUCUUAUUAUUGAAACAAGUGAGUUAAAUUGGAUGUUAGUUGAUACUGAAUUUAAAAUGAAUAAUUUAAUUCAAUUUUAUGGACAAAGUAAGAAUUUAAGAGAAAUAGAAUUAAGUAAACAUUUAAUAAAAAUUAAAGAUAGUUUACAUUUAGAACAAAGUCUUUAUCAAGAAUUUGGUAUUAGAACUUCUAUGAUUGAAGAGAAUCAAUGUAAAUCAAUUGAUUAUAAAAGUUAUUCAAAUCCAACUAAUUUAUUAACUUCAGAAUCAAUUACAGUAAAAGAAAUAACAAUUCAAUUAAUUCAAGAAGUUAGAGGUUUCUUAGAAACAUUAAAAAAUAGUCUUGAAAAAAGACAAAAAAGAAUUAAAGGAAGUUUAAAUAUUAUUAAUAUUAUUAGUGGAUUAAAAUUUAUUCCUUCAAAAAAUAUAAAUAGUUUACUUCCAUUUCUUAAUACAACUCAUUCAAUGCUGUUGAAAAUUAUUCAAAAAUUACCAAUUUGUUAUCAAGAUGAGUUGUAUUAUAAAAAAAUUAUUCAAUGUGUUAAUAAAAAAUCAUUAACGUAUGCUACAGUAUCAACAACUCAAGUUUUGUUUUAUAUGAUUCAAAGGGUUGUUGAUUUUAAACAUGUUACAACACGGUUAGACCAAUCUUCAUAUGAAGAUAUUAGUUUUUCUGACUUUGAUUAUGAACUUGAAGACUCUUCUCAAGAACCAAUAGAAUCGCUUACUAAUAUUGUUAAUUCUGAAGAAAAUAAAAAACCAACAACAAAAUCUACUAAGACUAAAAAGGAUAAUAAAAUGGAAGAAGAAAAUGUUGGAGCUGUUAUAAUUGAAGAUGGUAUAAGUGAAGAAAGUGAUACUUUAUUACAAGAAUAUGAAAUUGAUGAUAGUGAUGAAGGAGAAGAUGAUGAUGAUAAUGAACAAGAAGAAGAUGGUGAUGAUGAUACUGAAGAUGAAAUUAGUGAUGAUACUUCUAGUGAAUUAAUUGGAAAAGGAAAAAAAGUUGUAAAAAGACUAAAAAGAAAAAAUCAACGAGAAAGUAGUGAUAGUUCUUCAUCCUCAUAUUAA